AUGGCGCAGUCACCGUACGAGGCCGUUGCGCCGUAUCUCAGUCUGGGCCGUGUCCUCCUCCUCUCCUGCGCCGGAUGGAUCGUCUUCAAGAUCCUCCAGGCGCUGUACAACAUCUCGCCCCUUCAUCCCCUGAGCAAGGUGCCUGGCCCCAAGCUCACGGCGGCCACGUACUGGCCGGAAUUCUACCAUGAUGUGAUCCUGACUGGCCGGUUCACUCAUGAGAUCAAGAAGAUGCACGACGAGUAUGGCCCCAUUGUGCGCAUCAACCCCCAUGAGACGCAUUGUGCCGACAUGGCCUUUGCCGACGAGAUCUAUGCCAUUGGCGGCCGCAAGCGCGACAAGCCAAUCCACCAGAUCAACGGCUCUGCUGUCGGCACCACCAAUGGCUUUGGCACGCCGGACCACGACCUGCACCGCUCGCGCCGCGUGCCCGUGGCCAGGUUCUUCUCGCGUGCCAUGAUCGCACGCCUCGAGGGCGAUCUCCACGAUCUGGUCCAGAAGCUCUGCGAUAAGCUGCUCGCUGAAGGGUCCAAGGCCACCGAGGGCGAAGGCAAGAAGAAGGAGCCGUUUGACAUUGCGCACGCCUACAGCUGCUUCACCUCGGAUGCCAUCUUCAGCUACAGCUUUGGCGAGCCCCUCGGUCUGCUCUCGCGCGACGCGUGGACGCCCAAUUUUCGCGAGGCGACGCUGGCCGUCCUCAAGCCCGUCUUCAUCUUCCGCUUCUUCCCCUUUCUCAUCGCCACCUCCCGGAUGGGCAAGCAUCUCGUGCCAUACCUGCCCCCGGACGCCGCUCUGCUCAUCCGCACCCUGCAGAUCGACAUACCCUCGCGCGUGUACAAGACCAAGCACGACCUGGACGCCGGCAUCAGCUACGACCGCCCGACGGUCUUUGGGGACCUCCUGCAGUCGGAACUUGACGAGAGCGAGAAGAAUCCCGAGCGCCUGGCGGACGAGGCUGUCGCUGUGGUGGGUGCCGGCACCGAGACGACGAGCUGGGCGUUGGCUGUGAUCACGUUCCACCUCCUCUCGCAGCCUGCCAUCAUGGACAAGCUGCGCGCCGAGCUGUUGACCGUGGUGGACGACCCCCGUCACCUGCCCGCGUGGACCGUCCUCGAGAAGCUGCCGUACCUGGGCGCGGUCAUCCAGGAGGGGCUGCGGUUGUCGUACGGUGUGUCGAGCCGCUCGGCGCGGACCCCGACGGAGGAGGACCUCGUCUACCGCGGUGAGUGGAACAAGAAGCCCAUGGAGCUGGUCCUUCCCCGGGGCUAUGCCAUCGGCAUGUCUGCCGCGAUCACGCACCACGACGAGAGCAUCUUUCCCGAUUCGUACUCGUACAUCCCCGAGCGUUGGCUGGACGAGAAGAACGAGUUCCGAAAGGACGUUGCGCAUGGCAUGAUGGCCUUUUCCAAGGGCAGCCGCGCGUGUCUGGGCAAGAACCUGGCCCUUUGCGAGCUGCACCUGGCCCUCGCGGCUCUGGUAUUGCGGGUGAUGCCGCACAUGCGACUCGUCGAUACGACACAGGAGGAUAUCGCGUACGACCACGACAUGUUUGUACCCAUGGCGAAGAGCGGGAGCCGCGGCGUCAAGGUGCUCGUUGAUACUAGAAUCAAUCAGGACGCGCCCUCGACGAUCAGGCCGCAAUGUACCCCGUUUUUGUCUCAUGAUACUAUCCUCCUGCAGGCUGGCGAACCGGCUCGUGCCCUUCCCGAACCUUCAAUCGGCGGUUCUGCUCUCUGCCUCUGCGGCACGUGGAACGACGACCUCGACCCUCGUCUUGGUAUCAUCACGCCCGUUGGCCUCCCGCUCGGCAUCAUCACGACCUCGAGCAUCUUCCUCUUCUUCUCGCUCCUCUUUGCGGGCAUACGGAGCCAUGUCCGCUGGCAAGACCGCGUCUUUGGCUGGGAUGAUGGCCUCAUGGUUGCCGGUACUAUUGCCCACGUCGCUUCCGUCAGUGUAGGCAUCGCAGGCCAACUGACAGGCAUCGGCACGCGUGACGUGCAUCUCAAUCAAUGGCGCUUCGAGGAGUCGAUGAAGAUCCACACCGUCUGGCUGCUCGCCUACUCGCUCGCCAUGACCCUGAUCAAGGCGUCCAUCUGCAUCACCCUGCGCCGCAUCGCCGAGGCCAAGCGCUCGCUCCGCAUCGUCGUCUGGAUCCUCCUGGCCAUCACCCUCGUCUCCUUCAUCGCAGCCUUCGUCGGCACCGCGGUCCAGUGUAUCCCCUUUGAGGCCCACUGGAGGCCGUACCUCGUCGACCAGGGCGACGCAUGGUGCGCGCCCACCGUCAUCUUCAUCGUGCUCGGGUACAUUGCCACCGUGUGCACCAUUGUCACGGACGCGGCGCUCGUCGUCGUCCCGGGCAUGCUGCUCUGGAAGACGCAGAUGAAGAUGCAGGCCAAGCUGCAGGUCAUGGGUCUCAUGUCCUUUGCCUCGCUGGCCUCACUCAUCACUGUCGUCCGCAUCCCGUACGUGCAGAAGUACGGCGGCCUCAAGGACAGGCACUACUGGUGCGCCAUGAUUGUCUUCUGCUCCAUCAUCGAAAGCAGCAUCGGUAUCAUCGCUUCCUCGUUCCCCUCGGUGCGCCGCUUCGUCCGGCGUCUGCGCAACAACGGCACGGAUCCCACCGAGAACAACUACCAACCCAACACCGACGACAUCAUCACCUUUGGUGGCGGCGGCGGCGGCAGCGGUGGUGCUUCCUCGAAGCAGCAGGGCCGCGGCUCCAAGACUACGCGGAGCGCCUUCCACAACCCGACGGACGUGGGCAUCAGUCUUACGACUGUCAAGGGACGCACCCACGGCGAGAAGUGGGAGAGGCUGAACGAUGGGGACUCUGACAAGAGGGAUCUGCUCCGGAAGGAGAGCGUCAAGGGGAUACGGGCACAGUACACGUACACUGUCGAGGUGGAGGAGGACACAGAUGGUAGCAUGGACGCGAGAUCAAAACCGCGGAGGAGCUUGGAGUGA